GUCAAGUAAACAACAGAGGGUAAUCGACCCCUCAGUAUUGAUCUGUGAAUGCUAACUCAGCCCUGGUGGUCUUAGCUCUCCAGUUUCUCCAUCAGAAACGUUAAGAUGAGGAGUAUCCUGCUUUUAGGAUUGCUCAUUACCUUCACAUAUGCGGAAAAAGAGUCUUGUAUGGAACGAUGUGAAAAUGGUUUUGACGCCACCAAAAAGUGCCAGUGUGACUCUAUGUGCACAUACUACCGGAGCUGCUGCGAGGAUUAUGAUGCCAUUUGUCGUAUUAGCACUCGUGGAGACACCUUUCCUUCUUAUCCUGAGGACUAUGAUAAAGACACAAACAGCACAGAGGUGUCUGUAGGUUCUACAUCACCGCACCCAGUUGUGACCUCAUCACCAACCAGGCUGUUGAGACCUUUAUCACUAAUUUUGGACGAAACUGAUGCAAAUUUACCAAUCACAACUAGGGGUACUACCACAACUGCAAGCUCACCCACAACUGUAGACCCAGUACCAACAAAAGCUAAAGACGCUGAUGCUGAGAUCUGCAGUGGACAACCUUUUGAUGCUUUCAUGCAUCUCAAAAAUGGCUCUAUCUAUGCCUUCAGGGGUGAAUACUUUUUCGAACUGGAUGAGAAAUCAGUUUUGCCUGGUUAUCCAAAGCUCAUCCAAGACGUCUGGGGAAUUAAAGGUCCAAUUAACGCGGCCUUCACUCGCAUAAACUGCCAGGGAAAGACAUAUAUCUUCAAAGGUAAUAAAUACUGGAGGUUUGAUGAUGGUGUUCUAGAUGAAGACUACCCUCGAAAUAUAUCUGUUGGAUUUGAUCCAAUACCAGACCACCUGGAUGCAGCAUUUGCCAUUCCUGCCCACAGCCAUCGUGGCAAAGAGAAGGUUUAUUUUUUUAAAGGAGACCAGUAUUACCAGUAUGAAUUCAAGCACCAGCCAUCUCAUGAGGAGUGUGCUAGGAUGUCUUUAACAUCCCCUUCAACCCUGUUCAGCAGAUAUACUGAUAUUUACUACAACCGAUGGGUUGAACACUUCAAUCAGCUUUUCGGUGGAGCUCAAUUGCACCAUGGUGGCCAUCAUUUCAUCGACAAAGACUGGAUUGGCAUCAAAUCUCCUGUGGAUGCUGUGCUAGUUGGCAGACUCUACGUUACUCCGAGAUGGCCUGGAAGGUGGCGACAGGACAGAAAUUACAGAAGGGAAUGGGACCAGCAAUGGAGCCAGCAAAGGGGCCAACAAUGGGGAUCCAGGCGAAGGCAGAAUAGAUCUCCACACUGGGAAACCUGGGCUGAGAGGGGCAUCCAGAUAGGACAGGAGUUCGCUCAAAGGUUUGAGCAGGACAGGUGGCAAGACCAGGACAGACGCAGGGACUAUCAUAAUAGACGGAACGAUUAUGGUUAUGGAGAUAGAUACAACCCUUCUGAAGAUAAAGCCUAUGACAUACUACGCAGGAGACAGCCCUUACAAAGUGUCUACUUCUUCAGAGGAGAUAAGUACUACAGAGUGAAUCUACGGACCAAGAGAGUUGACCUUGCAAACCCUCCAUACCCAAGACCUAUUGCCAAAUACUGGCUCGGCUGCAAAGACACAUCUUUAGCAGAGAAGAGAUGAGAGGCAUUUAUUAGUAUGUAUCAUAAUGAGGAGAAAUAAGCUGUCUUAGUGAUGGGUGACCAAAUCAUUUUUUUUGUUCUCAAAUAUAAUCUACACCCUGUAAUGGUUUUGUCUUGUGUUUUGUUGUUUGGGUCUUUUAUUUUGAAGUCUUGUUUCUGGUUAAAGGCGAAGUAUUCUGUAACUUGGGCCUGCUUACACUAAGCGAGAGAAAGAGAGAGACAAAGGGCAGGCAAACACAUCCUAAAAGGGCACAAAAACUUAAUCCAAUAAACAGGCAACAGGUCAAAAUCUAAAACAUCAAAACAAAAACCAUGAACCAGAGACAAACUACAAAACCCAUGAACGCUUGUAAGGCAGGUGUUACAUUGGCAAUACUUUGCGAUGUGCAAUGGUGAAUGAACCCGCUUUAUACUAACAAACAGGAAGUAAAUGGUGAAGUGAGACAUGGGAUGAUUACAAAAUGAAAGACCAGAAACAAGACUUCAAAAUAAAAGACCCAAACAACAGAACACAAGAAAAAACCAUUACACACCAGUGGCUCUCAUCCAGUAAGUUGGAGGGCAGUUAUUUAAGGAAAGUGGACAGCAUGGGCCAAGUAAUGUUUGAUCCCUUAAGAAAAUCAACCAUGGUUUUACAAAUAAAAAAACAUGUUUACUAUGAAUGAUUCUAGAUUAACCUUGGUUUUACAAAUGGUAAUCAAUUUGGCAAAAACCAUGGUUCUACACUUUUACUAUAAUAAAGCCAGGGUUCAUUUUCAUAAGGGGUGUAAAAUCUAGGCCAUUAAGUAAAAGCAGUUGACAACCACGGGUCUACACCAUCCAUCAUGUUUUUAUCUCAGGAACAGGUCAAUGUCACAGAUAGUCAGCAUAAUCAACAGGGACUAAGUUCAACCCCUAAUCUAUAUUCUUGAUCAGUGUGGUGAUUUGUUAAGGAAGCAUUAUAUACAAACACAUAUAUAUAAACUGUUUCUUUGCCAAACAUAGGAUUUAAAAAUUUUAUGAGAAACAUAAUUAUGUAAUUAAUUAAAAAAGCAAUGGAUUUUGAUGUGUAAUAUCAUUAUUUCUUUGUAACAUCAGCAUUCUAAGCUCUUGUACAAUACCUAGAGUAAUUACUACUUUGGCAAUAAUGAUUUAUUAACUUUUCUCAGUGAAACUGGGAUUUAAUACUGUCUACUGAAAUGUAAAAUUAAAGCAUAAAAAACCAUGUAAUUUCUAACUAUAAUGGGAAUAUAUAAACAAAACAAUUCUCACAACGUUUGUCUGUUUAUGUGCAGUAAUAAAAUUCCAAAACCAA